UCUGGACUUCCCCAACAUCGGGAAUAAUCUUCCUGCAUCUAGCCAGUCCAACCCCUUAAGAAUUUUGUAAGUUUCUAUAAGAUCCCCCCUCAAUCUUCUAAAUUCUAGCGUGUCCAAGCCGAGUCUUUUAACCAUGGAGAAUUCAUUCACCCACAUUCAGUCAAGGCUUGAUAUGUGAACAAUGGCCAGCUAAUAGAGGGUGACUGCUCCCUGCUGAACUGUUUAAAGAAAAGCACCACUUUCACGAAAGAAGAUCCAUAUCCUACAAUAUAGACAUUGUAAUUCGUAAAGGGUCCCAGAAACUUGUCAUAAUUAAGUAAAGCAUUGUUGUAAGAUGUUCCUUGCAACAUGCUCAAAUCUCAUUCUACCGCAUUCUUUUGGAGGAAAACUCAUCCAAGUCCCCCAACUUCAAUUAACUUAUUUUAUUAAAAGUGAGGGUGACUUUUAUAAAGCUGCAUUGUGACUUUACAAGGACUGGUGAGUGCUCUUGCUCCCAAUGGGAAUAUCUGCAGUAGAUUGUCAUGCAAGCCUAAGUCUCUGAUUUAGGGACACUGCAGUGAUGUUGCAGGAAAUGUUGAAAUGUCUCCUUGGAAGAUUUAUCAAAGCGGAACAAAGAAAACCUUGUUUCUGUGAAACUUUGUACGUGUAUAUCGGAAGUUAUUUUGUAAAUAAAGAUUUAACUAUUGGUAUUUUAAUUGAUGAACCUCUUAUGGUUUUCUUUUAGCCCUUUCUCACACCAUAAAGGAAAUCAAACCAAUGGAACAACAGCACGAGUAGCUGGUCCUGAGUAAAAUUCUCAUUAUAUUUCCCAUCAAGACCCUAGAUCAGGUUUCCAUUCAGCAAGCCGGACCUGUUAAUAGAAUGGAUGAACAAUGUAGGAAGAGCUGAAUUCAAACCCAACCAGCACACAGUUAUUUGCUCAGACCACUUCAAACCAGAGUGUUUCAACACCUGGGGGAACAGAAAAAAUCUGAAGCAUAAUGCUGUGCCCACAGUCUUCCACUAUCCAGAUAAUGUAAAGCAGAGACAUCGUGCAAGGAAAAAACUGAAAAUAAUCAGUGAAGUAUUAAAGAUUGAAGUUGCAGAAGAAAAUCUUGAAAUGGCGCCUGAGCUAGUUCUGGGUGGAGAAGAGGAGAACACGCCACUGGCAACCCCUGCUGAAGAUGGUUCCACCAAACUUGGUGCAGAUCACACCUACGCUGCCACUAACCUGGGCAUGAUGAAGAGGAGACUGUUUACUGCACUGGAAAAGAAUGAGAAGCUGCGGAAGCGGCUGAAGGUGAAGCAGGAGGAGAUGAGGAGAAUGGUGAAGAAAUGGCAUGCAAUUAAGGAUGAACUGGAGAACCUGAGAGCAAAGAGUCUGUCAACGGUCAGCGAGGUGCCCCUCACAGACACAACCCAUCUACAGGAAUGCAUCAGUUAAACCAAAGUGUGUUUGGAGAACAAAGAACUGUGAGUGAAUGGACGGUUCACACAGUCGCCACAUAACCUUGGCACUUGAUGAAACUUGUUGGUGCACACAAACUGCAAAAUAUUAUGCUUGAACAAUUUAGAAGGAAAACGAUAGACAAUCGCCUAAAUGUGGAACUGAUGGAGGCAGAGCAGAUCCCAAUCCAGCAUGGUUGAAACCUGUCAUAAUGUCUUGCUAAUCCCUGAAGACAUCUCUGCGACUGAGUUGUAAAGAGUUCUGGCAACUGAUUGUCACAGAUUUUAGUUGUCAGAACUAUGCAGGGCUAGUGGCAAUUUUAGGAAUACAAGUCUGACCUUUCAGAAUGCAAUCUUUCAUUGUCUGUGCUGACGGGUAGAGUCCCCUGUGAUCAUUCUCAGCUCAGAUUCACGUCAUCAGGAGAGGUGGGGAGAGAACAUUUGCCGAGAAAAUAAACGGAACAAAUAACAUAUGGAUUUGAAGUUGUUGUUAAUCUCUUGUCACAACAGAAUUGUUUUGUUGUGGUUUCAGGUUGAAGUUAUGGAUCUUUCUUCCACAGUGAAAUACGUUGGAGGAAGACAUGAGGAUAGGCAGCCAUUGGUUAUAUAUCUGGAAUUACCAUCAAAGUACCCCCACUCUCCACCUCCACCACUGACAGUGGUUGUCCAACAUGUUCUGGACACUGAAAACAGCUGUAAUAGACAGUUGAGAGGGUGAAUCUUAUUUUUAUGAAAAUUAUGAAUUAAUCUACAUCCUCUUUAAAAUAAAUCUACCUCCAAUGAUUAUUGAUCCUCU